UGUGUCCCAUCACUGUAAUUCAUUUUUUCCGGGGAUAUUUUCCACACUGCCAGCGGCCAGUACUCAACCAAGUCUGCUCUCCUCAUCCUCAAGCCUAUAGAUGAAUAAGUGAUGUUUCCUUUUGCACUUCUUCUUCUUCUUGCUCAACAUCUUGGUACAUAAAGAUGAGUAAAUUACUUGCCAUAGCGCUCCUGCUGCUGCCUCUCAUCAACCAAGGAAUCUACUUGGCCACGGCAUGGGAUGAUCAAGAUUUCUUCAAAUACUGCCCACCGUCCCAGUGCAGCCAACAUGGCCCAGAGGUCAGGUUUCCUUUCUGCCUUGAAUCCAGCAAUAAAUCGUCAUCAUCAUGUGGAUGUGCUGGCAGAUCAAUCAGGAAGUUAGCAUGCUCUAGGCAAGACACCAUCCUUUUUCACCCAGUUCUUGGCCUAUACAAUGUCAGCGCCAUAGAUUACAUAAAUUCUUCCAUGAAGAUCAUCCCGCUUGUAGACCCCUGUUUGGUGCUACAGCAGAAGCUCGUCAUCUCCAGAAGCUCGUCAUCUCCACAGGUUGAUGUUAUCAACGAUGAGAUGCCAAGUUUUUAUGACUAUUUCUUUGAUAGUUCAUCUUCAACCAUAGUACACUGUUCAAGAGAGUUCACACCUGCUGCUGCCCAUGCCGAUAGCAUUGCAGGCCCAGUCUCCUGCCUUAGCAACACAACCCACUUCUUUUAUUUGGUGAAUAGUUAUGAAGACAUGUCUAUUCUUCCGUUGGACUGCAAGGUCGUCCCACUCUCAGAUCGAGGUGGCAUCUCGUUACCAUAUAUUAAAGACCAAAUGUUCCAGAACUUCACGGAAACCGCAAAAAAAAUCCUCACUUUUGCUGAGACGGCAGUGUCUUGGUAUGUGGGAGACUGCAGACGAUGUGAGCUCAGUGGGCGACGCUGCGCAUUCAGCUCACAAAGGGAUAGAGAAUUCUGCAUGCCUGACCCUCAUGGUUCACAUAUCAAAGUCAUUGCAGCUACAUCAUCGAUGGCCGCAUUUGUCUUUCUUUUGGUGACAGUGGCCACUGCACUUUAUGUUUCACUCAAGACAAGAUAUAAUGAGGAGAUACAUUUGAAGGUUGAAAUGUUCCUCAAGACAUAUGGAACAUCAAAGCCCACGAGGUACACAUUCUCUGAAGUUAAGAAGAUAGCAAGACGGUUCAAGGAAAAGGUGGGGCAGGGUGGAUUUGGAAGUGUAUACAAAGGCGAGCUACCAAAUGGAGUGCCCGUGGCAGUCAAGAUGCUAGAGAACUCUACAGGAGAGGGAGAAGCAUUCAUCAAUGAAGUUGCAACCAUCGGACUAAUCCACCAUGCCAAUAUUGUCCGCCUCCUGGGAUUUUGUUCCGAAGGAAUGAGGCGGGCUCUUAUUUAUGAAUUCAUGCCUAACGAGUCACUAGAGAAAUACAUAUUCUCUGAUGACCCUAACAUUUUUCAGAAUCUUCUAGUACCAGACAAGCUGCUAGAUAUUGCUUUAGGCAUCGCCAGAGGAAUGGAGUACUUGCAUCAAGGGUGCAACCAGCGCAUCCUCCACUUUGACAUCAAGCCUCACAAUAUCUUGCUGGAUUACAACUUCAAUCCAAAGAUCUCAGACUUUGGCCUUGCAAAGUUGUGCGCGAGGGACCAAAGCAUCGUCACCUUAACUGCAGCAAGAGGCACGAUGGGCUACAUUGCACCAGAGCUAUACUCUCGGAACUUUGGAGGAGUUUCGUACAAGUCAGACGUGUACAGUUUCGGCAUGCUGGUGCUAGAAAUGGUGAGCGGAAGGAGGAACGCGGACCCAAGAAUCGGGAGCCAGGACGAUGUUUACCUCCCUGAGUGGAUCUAUGAUAAAGUGAUCAAUGGGGAGGAGUUGGCGCUUACUUUGGAAACGACUCAAGAAGAGAAAGAGAAGGUGAGGAAGCUGGCUAUGGUGGCACUGUGGUGUAUCCAGUGGAACCCGAGAAACCGGCCGUCGAUGACAAAGGUCGUUAACAUGUUAACGGGGAGGUUGCAGAGUCUGCAGAUGCCCCCGAAGCCCUUCGUCUCAUCUGAAAAUGAACUCAUGCCAUAAAUGAAAACAGGGACUGCCAUACUCUGUCAACAUUCAAGGUUGUACUUUAUCUACGCGUGUGUUGCAACAAUAGCAACCACCGUGUUUUGAUGCUUUCAAUCCAUUAGGUCUGAAGCGAUGUCUGAAUAAUCACCGGACACUACCCUG